CCGUCGCCGCCUGCUCCCGCCGGUCGGGCCUGCGCUGCCGCGCCGCCGCCGCCGCCCCCUCUAUUCCCUCCGCCCCCACCCCCAGUGCAGAAGUCAUGGCGGGCGCAGCGUCCCCCUGUGCCAAUGGCUGCGGGCCCGGCGCGCCCUCGGACGCCGAGGUGCUGCACCUCUGCCGCAGCCUCGAGGUGGGCACCGUCAUGACUUUGUUCUACUCUAAGAAGUCGCAGCGGCCGGAACGUAAGACCUUCCAGGUCAAGCUGGAGACGCGGCAGAUCACGUGGAGCCGUGGCGCCGACAAGAUCGAGGGGGCCAUUGACAUUCGCGAAAUCAAGGAGAUCCGCCCUGGGAAAACCUCACGGGAUUUUGAUCGCUACCAAGAAGACCCUGCUUUCCGACCAGACCAGUCACACUGCUUUGUCAUCCUGUAUGGGAUGGAAUUCCGCCUAAAGACCCUGAGCCUGCAAGCUACAUCUGAGGAUGAAGUGAACAUGUGGAUCAAGGGUUUAACAUGGCUGAUGGAGGACACAUUGCAGGCAGCCACACCUCUGCAGAUUGAGAGGUGGCUGCGGAAGCAGUUCUACUCAGUGGAUCGGAAUCGUGAGGAUCGUAUAUCAGCCAAGGACCUGAAGAACAUGCUGUCCCAGGUCAACUACCGGGUCCCCAACAUGCGCUUCCUCCGAGAGCGUCUGACGGACCUGGAGCAGCGCAGCAGUGACAUCACCUAUGGGCAGUUUGCUCAGCUGUACCGCAGCCUCAUGUACAGCGCCCAGAAGACGAUGGACCUCCCCUUCUUAGAAGCCAGUGCCCUGAGGGCAGGGGAGCGGCCGGAGCUCUGUCGUGUGUCCCUUCCUGAGUUCCAGCAGUUUCUCCUCGAGUACCAGGGGGAGCUGUGGGCUGUUGACCGGCUUCAGGUGCAGGAGUUCAUGCUCAGCUUCCUUCAAGACCCCUUGCGAGAAAUUGAAGAACCAUACUUCUUCCUGGACGAGUUUGUUACCUUUCUGUUCUCCAAAGAGAACAGUGUGUGGAACUCGCAGCUGGAUGCAGUGUGCCCGGACACCAUGAACAACCCUCUCUCCCACUACUGGAUCUCUUCCUCCCACAACACGUACCUGACCGGGGACCAAUUCUCCAGCGAGUCCUCCCUAGAAGCCUACGCUCGCUGCCUGCGAAUGGGCUGUCGCUGCAUUGAGUUGGACUGCUGGGAUGGCCCAGAUGGGAUGCCAGUCAUUUACCAUGGACACACCCUUACCACCAAGAUCAAGUUCUCAGACGUUCUGCACACCAUCAAGGAGCAUGCCUUCGGGGCCUCAGGGUACCCGGUCAUCCUGUCCAUCGAGGACCACUGCAGCAUUGCCCAGCAGAGAAACAUGGCACAGUACUUCAAGAAGGUGCUUGGGGACACACUCCUUACCAAGCCCGUGGACAUUGCUGCGGACGGGCUCCCCUCACCCAACCAGCUCAAGAGGAAGAUCCUCAUCAAGCACAAGAAGCUGGCAGAGGGCAGUGCCUACGAAGAGGUGCCUACAUCAGUGAUGUACUCUGAGAAUGAUAUCAGCAACUCCAUCAAGAAUGGCAUCCUCUACCUGGAAGACCCUGUGAACCACGAGUGGUACCCCCACUACUUCGUUCUGACCAGCACCAAGAUCUACUACUCUGAAGAGACCAGCAGUGACCAGGGCAAUGAGGAUGAGGAGGAGCCCAAGGAGGCCAGUGGCAGCACGGAGCUGCACUCCAGUGAGAAGUGGUUCCAUGGGAAGCUUGGGGCGGGACGGGAUGGACGGCACAUCGCCGAGCGCCUGCUCACCGAGUAUUGCAUCGAGACCGGGGCCCCUGACGGCUCCUUCCUUGUGCGGGAGAGCGAGACCUUCGUGGGCGACUACACGCUCUCUUUCUGGAGGAAUGGGAAAGUCCAGCACUGCCGGAUCCACUCCCGGCAGGACGCUGGGGCCCCCAAGUUCUUCUUGACAGACAACUUGGUUUUUGACUCGCUCUAUGACCUCAUCACGCACUACCAGCAGGUGCCCCUGCGCUGCAACGAAUUUGAGAUGCGCCUCUCAGAGCCUGUCCCGCAGACCAAUGCCCACGAGAGCAAAGAGUGGUACCACGCUAGCCUGACCAGAGCUCAGGCCGAGCACAUGCUGAUGCGUGUCCCCCGGGACGGGGCCUUCCUGGUGAGAAAACGGAAUGAGCCCAACUCCUACGCCAUCUCCUUCCGGGCCGAGGGCAAGAUCAAGCAUUGCCGUGUCCAGCAGGAGGGCCAGACGGUGAUGCUGGGCAACUCGGAGUUCGACAGCCUCGUGGACCUCAUCAGCUACUAUGAGAAGCAUCCACUGUACCGCAAAAUGAAGCUGCGCUAUCCCAUCAACGAGGAGGCGCUGGAGAAGAUUGGCACCGCUGAGCCUGACUAUGGAGCCCUGUAUGAGGGACGCAACCCUGGCUUCUACGUGGAGGCAAAUCCUAUGCCUACUUUCAAGUGUGCGGUCAAAGCCCUCUUUGACUACAAGGCGCAGAGGGAGGACGAGCUGACGUUCACGAAGAGCGCCAUCAUCCAGAAUGUGGAGAAGCAAGACGGCGGCUGGUGGCGGGGCGACUAUGGGGGGAAGAAGCAGCUGUGGUUCCCGUCCAACUACGUGGAGGAGAUGGUCAGCCCUGCAGCCCUGGAGCCUGAGAGGGAGCACUUGGACGAGAACAGCCCCCUGGGGGACUUGCUCCGGGGGGUCUUGGAUGUGCCGGCUUGUCAGAUCGCCAUCCGUCCCGAGGGCAAGAACAGCCGGCUCUUCGUCUUCUCCAUCAGCAUGGCUUCGGUGGCACACUGGUCCCUGGACGUCGCUGCUGACUCCCAGGAGGAGCUGCAGGACUGGGUGAAGAAGAUCCGAGAGGUGGCCCAGACGGCAGACGCCAGGCUCACGGAGGGGAAGAUGAUGGAGCGCAGGAAGAAGAUCGCCCUGGAGCUCUCCGAGCUGGUUGUCUACUGUCGGCCCGUUCCCUUCGAUGAAGAGAAGAUUGGCACGGAACGUGCCUGCUACCGGGACAUGUCGUCCUUUCCGGAGACGAAGGCGGAGAAAUACGUGAACAAGGCCAAAGGCAAGAAGUUCCUCCAGUACAACCGGCUGCAGCUCUCCCGCAUCUACCCCAAGGGCCAGCGGCUGGACUCCUCCAACUACGACCCCUUGCCCAUGUGGAUCUGCGGCAGUCAGCUCGUGGCCCUCAACUUCCAGACCCCAGACAAGCCUAUGCAGAUGAACCAGGCCCUCUUCAUGGCCGGCGGCCACUGCGGCUACGUGCUGCAGCCGAGCACCAUGCGGGACGAGGCCUUUGAUCCCUUUGACAAGAGCAGCCUCCGAGGUCUGGAGCCAUGUGCCAUCUGCAUUGAGGUGCUGGGGGCCCGGCACCUGCCAAAGAACGGCCGAGGCAUCGUGUGUCCUUUUGUGGAGAUUGAGGUGGCCGGAGCAGAGUAUGACAGCGUCAAGCAGAAGACAGAGUUUGUGGUGGACAAUGGACUGAACCCUGUGUGGCCUGCCAAGCCCUUCCACUUCCAGAUCAGCAACCCGGAAUUCGCCUUUCUGCGCUUUGUGGUGUAUGAGGAAGACAUGUUCAGUGACCAGAACUUCCUGGCUCAGGCUACCUUCCCAGUGAAAGGCCUGAAGACAGGAUACAGAGCCGUGCCUUUGAAGAACAACUACAGCGAGGACCUGGAGCUGGCCUCCCUGCUCGUCAAGAUCGAUGUUUUCCCUGCCAAGGAGAACGGGGACCUCAGUCCCUUCGGUAUGUCUCUGCGGGAGCGGGGCUCCGAUGCCUCGGGCCAGCUCUUUCACGGCCGGGCCCGGGAAGGUUCCUUCGAAGCCCGCUACCAGCAGCCGUUUGAGGACUUCCGUAUCUCCCACGAGCAUCUGGCAGACCAGUCUGACAGUCGGGAACGGAGGGCCCCACGUCGGACUCGGGUCAACGGAGACAACCGCCUCUAGCCGUUCGCCAGCCCCGUGGAGAGCAGCAGGCGCCGCGUGCCUCGUGGAGCGCCGCGAGCUGGGUUCCUGGGACGCGGCCUGCCGUGGCGGCCGUCCUGGCCCUGAGGCCUGGAGCUGGGUUCCAGCAGUGACUGCUAGACAAACCAAGCCACUGAUGAGUUGUAGUACUGUUUGGGGCCUCCAUGCCCCAGCUCUGGGUGAAGGCGAAACCCGUACUGUGACUCGAAUUAAUUAAGCACACACAUCUGGUCCUGCCUUCUGGGGGUGGAGCCUUCCGUCCGUGGGGCCAGGACCGUGGCAGUAGCCUCUUGGGGACAGAGGCUGCCUCGGCCCGCUGCACGGGCGGCUCGGAGGAACCACUGACCUUGCCGAGAGAGCCGCAGUAGCCUCGCUGGGCCAGGGAAGCAGCCCCGAGUUUACAUCGUCCUGGAGCUUCACAACCCCAGCCAGGAAGGGGUGAGGGUUGCUGGCCGCUGGCCACAGAGCCAGGGCGGGCAGCACAGGACCCGCCUGGAGAGGGGCUCCGCCGGCUCGAGGAAGAGGACACAGCACAAGGGCACGCUGCCUGCGGCCGGGAACACCACCCAGCCCGCAAGAUACUUGGGAUCGCGUCAGACGCAGCUGCGGCGGGCGGCCCGGGCUGCCGUGGGCCCCCGGGUGAGGGGCCACCUGGAGGAUGGCCGGCAGCACCUCAGGACCUUGGGGGGAGGAGGGGGAGGACCCGGACGCCCUGCGCCGCCACGGGCUACACCGCCUGCCUGCUGCCCGAAGCGGGGGGGGGGGGGGCGGUGGGGGGCGGUGGGGGCGCAGCCCAAGGCGGGUGCUCUGGAUGCAAACCUGGAGUCGGGACCCGCUCACCGGGGCGCCGGAGUUUGCGGACGUGCUGGCCCAGCCACACCGCCCCUCCUGCCCCACGGUCAGCCGUGGCGCACCUCGCACUCACGGAGGGGCCACGGUCAGGCCGGAGGUCUAACGGCCAGAGCGGCAGACUGGAGGCCUUGGUCGGAGACAGGUGCGGCCCAGAGCGGGGCUUUUCCCCAGUACGUUCAGGAAACUGCCUCCUUCAGGGUGCCCUCCAGCAGGCCAGCCAGGGGACCCCCUUCCCCCCCCACCCGGCCCCCUGCCCCAUCCGAGUUCAGACUGAAGACCACUCUCCCUGUUGCAGCAGCAGACCUGGGAUCGGAGCCUGCAGACAACACGGCAGGAGGAUGCCGAGAUGAUCCUGAGUGUUCAUUAAACCAGUUCAAAGUCCUGUUACUGGGCAUCUGUGAUGUUGGAAAUGGAAAUUUUAAAGGUUAUUUUUUGCACA